CACUCACGGAGGACCCGGCUAUAAAUACGGCUGCGCGCAACGCACAGUUAGACAUUUUCCCAAAAUCAAACGAAAGACAUAAGUGAGCAGGAACCGUGGGAAUCCGGCUUUAACCUCUGAUCAUCCUCCUGCUUUGCUCUACAUUUUAUCUUUUGUAUCCAGUAUCCAGCUCACUAUGCUGUCCAUGGGUGGAUUAUAUUUGAAGCACGUCGUGGUGGCAGCGGUGUGCUCCGUGCUGGCUUCAGGGACGCUGGGGUCCCCGGUGCUGGGGCCAGAGCCGAUCCGAUGCGCCCCUUGUACUCCGGAGAAGCUGAGCCAGUGUCCAGCGGUGGCGCCCGGGUGCGCCGAGGUGUUGCGGGAGCCCGGCUGUGGAUGCUGCCUCGCCUGCGCCCUGGCGGCUGGAGAGCUGUGCGGGAUCUACACGGCGCCGUGCGGCUCCGGAUUGAGGUGCACCCCGAGACCCGGCGACCCCCGGCCGCUGCACUCCCUCACCCGGGGACAAGCCGUGUGCACUCAGAGCACUGAGCCCGAGCCGACCCCCGAGCCCCAGACUCAAGAUCAGGAAGAGCCAGAGCCUGAGAUGGAGAACGCAGCCCUCAUCCCGGACCCCGGCUCCAGCAACUACCUCCCCGGCCACAGCAAGCCCUACGACCCCAGAGCUGCCGCCGACGCUCAGGAGAGCAUGAAGGCCAAACUCGUCACCAUCCGCAAGAAACUGGUCGAACUGGGGCCCUGCCACCUCGAGCUGCAGAGAGCCUUGGACAAGAUCGCCAAAUCCCAGCAGAGACUAGGAGACAAACUAACCAGGUUCUACCUCCCCAACUGUGACAAGCGCGGGUUUUAUAAACCAAAACAGUGUGAGUCCUCUCUGGACGGACAGCGGGGUCGAUGCUGGUGUGUGAACGCCUGGAACGGCAAGAAGAUUUUAGGCUCGACCGACCUGCCUGCAGACGCCGAGUGCCCUUAAGGAGAUCAAACACUGGUGCAGAUCUCACAGAAGAAGAAGAAGAAGCAGAAGAAGAAGCAAGCAAGCCACUGAUUUUCUUUUUUCCCUUUUUGAUAGCUGUUUAUUUAUUGAUUUUGUCCAUGGUGGUGUUGAAUUCAGGUACACUGUCACUGUGGGACUGCUGGUCCCGACCACCCUGAACCCUUCCUCCUUCCCUCCUCUUCAAACACCCGUCCCAAAGAGAGAGAGUGAAAAAAGAAAAAAGUCUAUUUUUGUUUUUCUGAAAAGAUUUUAAUAUUGAUGCAUUUACUUUACUGCUCUUCAGCCUUAUUUAUUUCCAUUUAUUUCCUUUUAUUUGUUAUUUGUAAUUAUUUUAUGAGUAUUUAUAUCUUUGUUUUGCCUUAUUGUUAUUAUUAUAUUAUUAUUAUUGUUGUUUUUAUGGGUGUAUAUAACGUGUAUAUAUGUAUCUUGGCCCUGAGUAACUCCACUGCUGAGUUGAGCUCGCUCUACCCUUAAGGAGUUGACUGGAGGCAAAAGCACUGAGUGACCAAAUGUCAUUUAUUUCUAAAUGUUGUUCUUAUGUUUCAGUUUCACGUCGCUGCCAGUUGUCACGUCUUCUUCUCUCUCUUUUUGUUGUUGUUGUUGUGAUUGUCUUUUUUUCUGAUGUGACACAUGAUUGACUCUUGUCAGUGAAUGCAAAACUCUCAGUUGGGAAUCCUCAAACAGUCUCAGAAAACAGAAACCAUUUCCCAUGGUUCCAUGGGGUUACAGAUAGCAUGACAGGCGGUGCCUCCCUGCAGCGCCUCUCAGACGGGUAUUUCUACAUUAACCUACCUCCGAUAUUUGUGUGUCUGCUGCCAGUUGUGUUAAUGUCAAGAAAAAUACUUUGAACACGUUGCUGUUCUCUCUGACCAAGAACACAUGACCACAAAGAGCGACGCCUCCGCUCUGCCUACAUGCUGCUGUUGGAGAGAGAAUUAUUGUUUAUGCGAGUCUUCUCCAAAGUGACUAACUGCUCACUCGUGUGGAUGUACACUUUUGUAAUUGAGAUGUAAUGUAAGAAAAAGAAGGUGAUAUAUUUAAUAAAAACAUUAACCUCA